AUGAAGGAGACCGGCAACCACGCACACGCCGCCAACACUCGCGAGGGGCGACACGAGGGGCGACACGAGGGGCAGUGCGGCGAGAGACGCACGGGAGGAAGUGGGACCAGGGACAACGGCGCCCCCCACGUCGAGAGGGGAGCGAGGGAGCGGGGCCCAACGAGUCGCACGCGCGGCCUGGGACAGCAACAGCAGCAGCAGCAACAGCAGCAGCAGCAACAGCAGCAGCAUCAACAACAGCAGCAGCAACAGCAGCAGCAGCAUCAACAACAGCAGCAGCAACAGCAGCAGCAGCAACAGCAGCAGCAGCAACAGCAGCAGCAGCAACAGCAGCAGCGAGGACCCUGCCGGGUGGUGCUCGUGGAGCGAGCGGCUCCCAACGUUCAAUCCUCGACGUCUCGGCCACCGAGCGGCGUACUCGGUGCGUGGGAGCAGUGUUGGCUCCUGCAGGCCCGCGGGAGAUUCCACACGGAUGGAAAUGCGUCGCAGCAAAUGACCACCGAUCGGCGCGCGCGCGCCGCACGGACGCCCAAGCAAGUGGACAUCGCAGAAGCACGUCUGAGAUGCCUGCAUGUGACGUCUGGUCCACAGAGUAUCCAGCUGCCCUGCCUGACGGGGCCACGUUCGUUACAUGGAAAUCAGACCGAGACUUUUUUUUUAAAUGUCAACAGGCGGAAUUUAACCAAAUUAAUUGCCAAACCGACUUUUCACGUGCAUUUUUGUGCAGGCGUCGUAUGAGGCCUCAUCAGUGCAGCCGUCAAAGUUCGCUGCUGACAUCCGCCUCGGGAAGCCCCAUACGUGGACAGGACACCGGAGCAAAGCCACACGAACUCUCUCCUCUCCUGCAGCCCUCUCGCGGCCAGAUUACAUCGCCAAUACCGUUCAGCCCUGAGCAUAUUGCUACGCGCAAGACGAUAAAAAAACAUCACCACAAACGGAGCGACGAUUGCCGGCUGGAAUCAAAUAGAUUAAACAGCGCAGCGAUGCGCAUUGCGUGUACAAAAUACCCUCAUCCUUGUCCAGACCUCCAGCUCAACAGAACUGCGGGCGUGGCCUUUCUUUGUUAUUGACACCAACGACUCGCGGAGUUGACAACGUGCGGUCAUCUCGGCAGGCAGCGGUGGAACAGACGCAUUCUUUCAUAACCCUGUGACUUUUUUCGAUUUAAAGCUUUCGUGACUGCAGGGAUUCAUCUUCUUGGUUCUUUCGGUAAAGUCACGUAGAAGGGAAGUAAUAAAAUAAUAAAAAAUAAAACAAAUAAAAUAAAAUAAUUCUCACGACGUUUCGGCUACAACGCAAGCAGCCGUCUUCAUGUGACUUUAGCGAAAGAACCAAGAAGAUGAACCCCGUGACCUUGAAGGGGAGAUGAUUUAGCAGGCGACGUUUCGCACAAUGCCCCUUCUUCAUGGCACUACAAGGACCGCAGAGUGAUUUGAUUGCCUAGCUUUGCACG